UUCUCCGUGCAAUGCAAUUUCACAACAAUACACUCUCUUCACAAACACUGUUAUCUUCAACACACUCUCUCUAUCCUCUUCCAAUUUAGGGUUUCAUCUUCAAUUUCAAUUUCUCACCAAAUGGAUUCUGAUUCAUGGAUCUCUUCUCGUCUCUCUAACUCAUCACGACGUUACUAUUCUCGAUCCGAUCUGUUUCUUGGUGGAAAUGAUGAUUCUGAACCUGGUGGUGAUGAUUUAAGAGCUGAAUAUCUUUGUCCUUUUUGUGCUGAAGAUUAUGAUGUUGUUUCUCUUUGUUGUCACAUUGAUGAAGAACAUCCUCUUCAAGCUAACACUGGGGUGUGUCCUGCUUGUGGGCAAAAGGUGGGAAUGGAUCUUGUUGGACAUAUUACCACGCAACAUUCGAAGUUUUUUAAAGUGCAGCGUAAAAAGAGGGUGAGGAAAGGAGUAUCUAACUCAACAUUAUUUAGAAAAGAGUUGAGGGAAGGAGCAUUGCAUUCUCUUCUCGGAGGUUCUUCGUCCACAGCUUACUCUAAUUCCGAACCUGAUACUUUGUUGUCAUCAUUUAUUUUUAACCCAGUUAUAGGUGAUGAAGCUGUGAGUGAACAAUCUAGUUCUUCCAUUGAAGCUGCCAUAGUAAAAGAAAGCUCGAAAGAUGAUUUCGUGGAAAGAAAACCUCAACAGGUACAGCUGUCAGAUGAGGACCGAGUAGAGAAGGCUCGGAGGUUUGAUUUCGUGCAAGGGCUGCUGAUGUCGACCAUUCUUGAUGAUAACUUAUAACUGCAAUUGUAGCUGGUAUAUCGUUAUAGGAGAAGGAGCUGAUCGCGAGGGGGAGUUUGUUCGAGUGUUACAAAGUGGCAUUAGCUAGAUUGGAUUAAAUUAAAUAUGUAAUGAUUAAUGAAUGUAUCUAUAGUUAUGUUCAUAGAAUGCAAAGAUGAAGAAACCUUUUUCUAGUAAAUAUGUAUGUAAGAAUGUAUCUAUUGUUAGGUCCAUCUAAUAUGCAUUGUAUUCCAAACAUUGGACCCUUUAUUCAAGCUGCUACACUAGACUUGCAUAAUUGACUAACAUAAAUAAGACAACUCAAUAUAAUAAUUGAUGACUUAUUCUCAUCCCU